CAACAACGAAGAAGAAGAAGAAACCAGAAGUCGCCAGCUUUGCGUCAUCACUGCGCGUCGCACGAUACACCGCUGGUCCUUCGCGUUUCACACCCUGAAGAUCACACUGAGCCUCUCAGAUAACAAGAUAAAACACGUCCGUCUUGGGUUCCUCUGAGCUAUGCUGGCUAAACCAGAGGAGAGAAAGCCGCAGAAGAGGAGACAUCCCGGUGAAGAUGGAGGAGGAGGAGGAGGAGGACAGAGGAAGAGGCGGGAAGGUGGCGAAGGAGAUAAGGGUCAGGGAGACGGUGGCAGGAAGCGCCUGGACGCCAUGAGUGUGGGAUAUUUCCGCCGAGUCGGGGAGAGACUCAGUGAAGGCUUUGAGGAUCGCGAGGAGAGAGAUAUUUUUGUGGAGAAUGUCCUCGCUGAAGUUAAAGGUAAAGCGCUCUUGGUGGCUAAGGACCAGACGGGAAGCAUCACGCUGCAGCGGCUGCUCCCGCUCUCCAGUCCCGACCAGGUGGGGGAGCUGCUGGCUGAACUGGGUGGAGAAUCAGGGUCCGAGUUCAAAGAGGUGUCUUGCGACAAGUGUGGCGGCCACAUAGUGGAGAGUGCAGUCAGACAGAUGUCCAGGUGGACGGAGUCGUCAAAGAAGGAGCCGUCUGCCACCACAGAAGAAGAAGAAGAGGAGGAGGGUUCUGCUGUGUUGGAGGCCCAGGUGUUGUCUGUGAGCCAGGUGGUGAGAGAAAACUGCCCAGAGUUCAUCAAACACGUUCACGGCUCACACGUGGUCCGCACACUUUUGCACGUGCUGGCCGGCUGCCUCGGACCACCACGGAGCGAGUCCCGUCCUGGUGCAAAAGAGCGAAACGUCGCUCCUCAGCUCACAGACUUUGAAAUCCCCACGUCUUUUUGGUACGAGCUGAAGAACCUCACCGAAACCCUGAUGGAAAAUGUCAACCUAAGUGUGACAGAUGCUGCUGCCAGUGCCGUGUUCCAGACCAUGUUGACUGUUUGUCACAGAAAACGACCCAAACUCUGCAAACAGCUCCUCAAACGCAUCACGGAGUACCUGGCGAGUCGCAGUGCCGCCCCGGGAGUCAGUCCGCUCCUGGUCUUUCUUAAGGACCAGGCCUCCAGUCGUCUCAUUGAAACCAUCAUACAGCUGUCCCACAAGUCCCUUCUCCGAGAUCUAUACAGGAACCACCUGCAGGGUCACCUGGUAGACUUGGCCCUCCAUCCCAUCGCCAACUUCCCCGUACAGAGGCUGACUGCGGCCUCGGCCAAAUACCAACUGUUCCUGAAGUUGUUUGAUGAGCUGAUCCAAGGCGUGGAGGCCAUCUUGGCUUCAGGUCACAUGGGUGUGAUUGUGCAGCUGGCGCAGAGCUGCGCAGAGAGUGAAGAGAAACAGGAGGACUUGAUGCAGAGCCUCCUCCGUGCGUUUCACUGUGCCGAGCCGGGCUCUCGACACGUCAGCUGCCUCCCUCUCUUCAUGUCCCUGCUCACCUAUGACGUGUACUACCACUCUGAGACAGCAGAGGGCGGCACACAGACAGAGGUCCCGCUGUCCUCCAUCUGUUACCACGGCUCCCUCCUCGUCCAGGCCCUCGCCAGGUUCAAAGAGCGCUCGCUCCUCCUCAGCAGCCUGCGCACCCUGUCCCCCGCUGACCUCCUGACCAUGGCCUCUCACCCGUCAGGCAGCCACGUGCUGCAGGCGCUCAUCACCACAUCGAGCGACAAGGGAAGAGGGAAGAUCCUCAAGAGACUGGAGGGUCAGUACGUUCAGAUGGCGUGCUCCAGGUUGGGCAGUCGGGUGCUGGAGGCCAUAUGGAACGGUGCCUCGGUCAGUCACAGGCACAACAUCGCACAGGAACUAGUGUCGAGUGAAAGCCAGCUGAGGUCAGACCAGUUCGCCCGGCAUGUGUGGGCCAAAUUUGCCCUCUCCCACUUCAUCCACAGGAGAGCUCACUGGCAGGAAAUCCAGACCGGCGAGUCCAAGAAGAGGAAGCUGUUCAGUGAAAUUCUUGAAUAAAAAAAAAACAUGUUUUUGUAAUUUACUGUUUUUAUAAUUUGGUUUCAAAAUAUAAGAAGAAAAUGUUCCAUUAUUAAUUCCUUCAUUAUGUGCUAAUUUUCACUCCUCAAAAAGACCCCUGCAAAUAGAGUAUCCACACUUUUACACUCUGAUGUUUGGACCAACAUCACCACUAGAUGGUGCUGUUGGAACGUUUAUUCACUGAUAUUUGUUCACUCAGUGGUGCAGGGGAUCAAAUCAGUUGGGAAACAGAAGCUCAUAAAUCUCACAUUUUCACGUAAGGAAAACUGAAAAACAAACUGAAUGCCAAAAAGUGACUCCGUCUUAUUUCUUUCAAGUUUGUCACUCAUCUAAAAGUGUUUCUUCAUAGUGUUUCUUCAUAGUGUUUCUUCAGGCUUAAAAUUCUGUUGAAGAAUAAAUGUAUGCACAUUUAUACCUGAAA